AGAGUUUAGUUUGUGCGAAACUAAAGGAGCUGCGAGUAGACAAAUCGGCGGCCAACUUUCAUUCAUCCAGAUCCCAGGGGAAAGAUGGCGGCGACGCCGUACCGGCUGCGAUGCUCGUUGCUGGGUCAUUCGAUGGAUGUGAGAGCAGUGGCGGCCGCACAUCAUCCCGAAGGUUCCAUCGUCACAGGCUCGCGCGACCGGACAACGCGGAUAUGGCUGCCAAACGAAGGCAGCUGCGACUAUUACGAGAGCCAGUGCCUCAUGGGGCCGAGCAACUUCGUGUCAAGUGUGUGCACUGUGCCUCCCUCAGACCAAUACACAUCUGGCCUAAUCCUAGUGGGCAGCAACGACUGCAGCAUCUACUGUUUCAGCCCCGAUUCACCACAGCCCCUGUACAGACUGCUGGGGCAUAGUGGAAACGUCUGCGCCUUGGCAGCUGGUCAAUUUGGCACAUUGCUCAGUGGCUCCUGGGACAAAACGGCGCGCGUCUGGUUUGGCCAGAAGUGCAUGCUCACCCUGGAGGGGCACCAGGGCCCAGUCUGGGCAGUCCAGAUCUUCCCCAAACAGGGGCUCAUGCUCACCGGCUCGGCCGACAAGACCGUGAGGCUGUGGCGUGCUGGAAAGUGCGAGCGGGUCUUCACUGGUCACGAAGACUGCGUCCGCAGCCUAGCCGUACUUUCCAAGAUGGAAUUUCUGUCGAGCUCCAACGACUGCACCAUCCGCCACUGGACAGCCACUGGAGAGUGCCUACGCGUGUACAUGGGACACACCAGUUUCGUCUACUCCGUCUGUGCACUUCCCGACACUCUUAGUGGCACGGAAGAGUUUGUGACGUGCGGUGAAGACCGAACUGUGCGCGUCUGGUCCUGUGGCGGGGACUGUAUCCAAACUCUGCGGCUGCCAGCGCAGUCGGUGUGGUCAGUAGCAUGUCUAGCAAAUGGAGACAUCAUUGCUGGCUCAAGUGAUGGCAUUGCGCGAGUGUUCACGAGACAUGGUGAGCUUCAGGCACCGCCCGAGCAGCAGAGGGCAUUCGAGGAGGAAGUCUCCAAGUCGGCAUUGCCAGCUCAGGAGCUUGGUGACCUCAAGAUCAAUGAACUGCCUGGCAAAGAAGCCCUCCUGGAUAGAGGCAAAAGAGAUGGCCAGACAAAGUUGAUACGAGAUGGCGAUGUGGUGUCAGCAUACCAGUGGGUCGUUGCCGAUGAUGUGUGGCAGAAAAUUGGGGACGUCGUGGGUAUGCCGAACUCGGACACUCCUGUUGGCAAGAUCACUUACGAAGGAAAGGAGUAUGACUACGUCUUUGAUGUGGACUUGGACACUGGCGGGAAAAUGAAGCUACCGUACAAUGUGACCGAGGACCCGUGGCAUGCAGCCCAGAACUUCAUACACCGCAACAAUCUGAGCCAGUAUUACCUUGACCAGAUUGCAAACUUCAUAAUUCAAAACACAAAAGGCAUGGUCAUUGGGAAUGCUGUUCCUAGUACAUAUCAGGAUCCCUUCACCGGUGGCUCAAGAUAUAUCCCAGGAACUGAGAGGAGACCCCCGACAGUGCAACAAGGAUCGCAACAAGGUGACUCAACAGAGAAUGACAACGCAGCGGGUGACAUGACUGUUGGCGGGCGCUUUUUUCCCCACACGUCGUUUGUUCGCUUCGAUGUCGCUAACACCCAGGGCAUCCUUACUAAGAUGCGGGAAUUCAACACUCAAGUCCCUCCUACUGACACGGUGGACGAUGACGACUUGGUUCAGCUCAUGGCACUAGCUUGUGCGUCAGGAACGCCUAGCGAUGCCCAAAUGGCUGCUCUUGAAAGGGUUGUGCAUUGGCCACAAGAGUUUGUGUUCCCGGCGCUGGACCUGCUGAGGCUUGCACUGCGAAAUCCCACGGUGAACAGCCACGUCUGCAGUCUGAGUGGGCCGCAGCUUUGCAGCCACCUGAUUGGUCUGCUCUCGUCUACGGGCCCUAACGCAGCAGCCAAUCAGAUGCUAGUCCUGCGCAGCCUUUGCAACCUUUUCUCCCAGCCCAGCGGCGAGGCGCUGGCGCUGCGCGAGCGCGAGCGGAUACUUGGCGCCCUUCAACGGCGAGCUGCAGCUGGUGGCGCCAACAAGAACACACAGAUCGCGAUGUCCACACUGCUGUUGAAUUUCGCCGUAGCUCACCUGCGGGCUGGGGCAGCGUGCAACACGCAGGACACGGAACGAAUGGUGCAGCUGCUGACUGCCAUGGUCGCAGUUGCGGCCGAGCUGACAGACGGCGAGGCGCAGUUUCGUCUGCUCGUGGCAGCAGGCACGCUGUGCAACGUGGAAGGAUCAGGGACCGCCGAGAUUCGCGAGCUGGCAAUUGCGCUUGAACUCCCGCGGGUCGUGGAGAAGUGGGUGGUGACGGACUGCCCCGAGAAAGUGAAGCUGUGUGCGCAGCAGUUCCUGGAAUCCUUGAGGUGAAAGCGCACAGGGUGCACGGCUGUCUAGGCUCGUGAAGUGAAACUGAUCUGUCGCCCAUGCGUUGUUUUUCUUUCAAUUUUUUUUUUCUUGGUGUUCAAUUUCGUGCGCACAGUAACCCCCUCCCAUUGGUUUCUCUGGGUGGAGGUGCAGGCUGUCCAAAUUCUGAGGGGAGCUUUUGUGAGACUUCUAUCUUUUAGUUUGUCUUUUUGUUACUGUAAGAGUAGAGUUGAAAUGGCAACUUUUAAUAAAUUCUCGGUAAGUAUUCUGUUUUAUUGGUUUGUUUCCCGAAGCUUCUGUGGUUGCAGAGGAAUAUGUUGUAUUGAAUGACUGCGUUAAACUGAAGCGGCACCCAAGCCUGUUCUGGAAGCCCUGAGGCAAAAAGUGGAUUUUUCCUGGUUUACUGGCUCGGGAAGUGAGCCUUGUGCACCUCCAACGUACCUUUCUCUUUUUCUUUUCAAUUUUCUGUAAAUGCUGUGUAACCCUUCGAAUACUGAUACUCGUGAUCCCCUUAGGUUUAGAUUCCGCUCAUUGAAAAUCGCCAUGAAACUGUCUGUAUGACCUUCCUUUUGGUGUGUGCAGCAGCAGGCACUGUUUUUGCAUUGCACCGUGCAAUCUCACCCAAACAAGAAUGGCGACGUCACCUUCGCAAACCCUCCCCAACUUGUUCCAACACUGUUUCUGCUUGACUGUGACAGGCUUGACACCCUCGUGCAUUUUAUUCGCAUUGCUCGAAUACCUCUUGUAAAUACUAACUGCCCACUGGUUUGGGUUUCCCGUCUGGCUGCCCAAACACAUCUUUCUUUUGAGUGCCUGCGUCAUCCUAAACUUGCAUGAAAGCAGUUUACAACUUGAUUUGAAGAGAAUAGAUUGUUGUCAUUUUCGAGGCAAACUCGUCAUGCAUUCUGCAAUGAAAAUUUACUUCUCCUCUGGUGCCCCAGAACUGUUAGGUGACUCGUAAAAACUUUGCUGCAAAUUUUCUACACUGCUUUAACAUGAGAAGAAAAGCCGCUGGCACACCAAACGAUCAAGGUUUCUUGAUCAAAUGGCAUCGCAGACUUUCUCAUGUACCCUGAAGUGGAAAUUUUUCUACAUUUGCAACAGGCAUUCUUUUUUUUUUUUUUUGAGAUCGCAGAUUUUUCGAUAAACCUUGGUGCUUGCUAUCAAUCGGGAAUGUAUUCCGAUUGAUUCAUUUCGCUCAAGGCAGACUCGAAAGAGACACAUAGACACGAAAAAACUUGGAAAACAAAGUUUGCAGAGAUGCUGGAAUUCCUGUUUUCUUAGCAGCCUGUGCCAGGCAUGCGUGCCAACUGAAAGUUUCUUGUUAUGCCUCAUUGCAGACAGUCUCGAAUUGUCUUGGACAGAAACUUUUGCUUUUUCCAUCAAUUUAUCCUCGCAGCAGCAACUGAGUGAAGGUAUGAAAACAUAGCUUACUCAACAAAUACACAGGCUGGCUUGUGAAAUUUUAAGCCCACAUUGUCCAGUUAAGUGCCGAAGCCGAACUACUGGGAUUAGCUUGCAUUAAAUUGAAAGCAUGUGUUAAUUGGGAAAACUUUGUCGUAGCUUAGGCUUAGCUUGUAUUUUACAUUGCAUUUGGUUGGCCAAGCUCAACUUUGGCCCCAAAUUGUGCACCCUACAUGCCCCCCCCCCCCUUCUUGCCAUUGUGCCGUGGUAUCCAUGACUUGCGAAAAAAAUUCUCCCCAAGAGCUUUGCACUUGUAAAGCACCUAACUGUUGCAAGCCACGAUUUAAACAGUGCCUCAGCUGAUGGACAAAUAAAGUGCUUUCUAUUUUUCUGAA